AAGAUAAUAAACUAUAAAAGGAGUGUGUGGAACUCGGCUGUGUCUUCCCCUCCGGUGGAUUUUCGUUUCUCCCUGCUAAGCCCAACCCUCUUCCUUUCUCUCUCUUUUUUCUUCAGACCAUCAUCAUAAUCUCAUUUACACCUCACCAAAAUUCAAAAUUCCAGGAGAAUUUUCGGAAGUACAUCGAGUUGAUUAGUUUAAUACCGCUCUGACCAAGAAAAGGAGCUCGGAUUUCUUAAUCAUUUUAUUGUUUUUGAAUUUGAAUUUUAAAGGGAAACCCAUGGAUGCUAAUUCUUGGGCCGCUCGUCUGUCUUCUACCUCCAAGCGUUAUCAAUCAGCUCUUCAAUCUCGAUCUGGAAUGAAAUGGGAUGGUUUUGAUGCAGAAAUGUUGAUGGGGUUUGAGGAAAUUGACGUGGAUCAUGAUAUAAGGGAGGAGUAUCCUUGCCCUUUCUGUUCGGAAUACUUUGACAUUGUGGGACUCUGUUGCCACAUCGACGAUGAGCAUCCUGUAGGCGCGAAUAAUGGGGUAUGUCCAGUUUGUGGGAUGAGGGUCGGUGUUGACAUGGUAGCACAUAUAACCUUGCAACACGGGAGUGUCUUUAAGGUGCAGCGCAAGAGGAGAUCAAGAAAAUCUGGUUCACAAUCAACACUUUCUUUUUUGAGGAGGGAACUUAGAGAAGGGAAUUUAAGGUCUCUUUUUGGAGGGUCUUCAUGCAUAGACUCUUCAAGCAAUGCAGCCCCAGACCCGCUGUUGUCAUCGUUUAUUUUGCCGAUGGUUGAAGAUUAUGAAACCGUUCCAUCACAAUCUUCAGCUGAGUUAGUCAAGAAAAGCACAACUGAUAGCAUUUCAGAAAGGAAAAUCCAACAACCUCCCAUGUCAAUCAAAGAUCAAGAGGAGAAGGCCAAGAGAUGCGACUUUGUUCAAGCAUUGCUGUUGUCAACAGUAUUGGACGUCAACUUAUGAUAUAUGGCCCGGUCAUGCUGCUAGAAUUAUUUAGAGUUGGCGAAAACUGCAACAUCGAGGCUCAUCCAAGCGUCUAUGCCCGAUUAUCACCGAGAGGUGAAAUAAGGUGUAGUAAUAAAAUGUAAUUUAUGUUAUGUGUAGAAUUAUGGUAGGUUGAAGCAAACUGAUUCAUUUCCCUUGGAUUUGGAUCCAUGCUUGGACAAAAAAAUAUGAUAAAAUGAUUCCAUUACCUCAUGAUUCGAAUGUUUACCGACAAGUCCGUGCGUAAAUACAUAGAACAGUGGUCAAUGGGGGAUAUAGCAUGUUGCGUUCUGGCAUGCGAAAUGAGGAUGAUGAUGGUAGUUUUGCAUGAAAUAUAUGUAUAUUGGUUCAUGUUAUGCUAUUCAAGUGUGGUGUGAACUAUUAGAUCAUAUGUGAUGGUUUGGAUA